AUGGCGGCCAUUUGGGGUAAUGGUGGGCAAGGAGGACAGUUCCCCCUCGAACAAUGGUUCUAUGAGAUGCCUCCAGUGACCCGGUGGUGGACAGUUGCGACCGUGGCCACUUCGGUCCUGGUUCAGUGUCAUAUCGUGACACCUUUCCAGCUGUUCUACAGCUUCCGCGCAGUCUACUUCAAGUCUCAGUAUUGGCGCCUUCUGACGACGUUUCUCUACUUUGGUCCGUUAAGUCUCGACCUACUAUUCCAUGUAUUCUUCCUACAGCGGUACUCGCGCCUGCUCGAAGAAUCGUCCGGUCGAUCCCCCGCUCAAUUCUCGUGGCUGUUAUUUUACGCCAUGAUCUUCCUCCUCAUCAUCUCGCCGUUCCUCUCGCUUCCGUUCCUAGGAACCGCCCUUUCGUCCAGCCUGGUCUACAUCUGGAGUCGCCGCAACCCGGACACUCGACUCAGCUUCCUGGGCAUAUUGGUUUUCACCGCGCCAUAUCUUCCAUGGGUCCUGAUGGCCUUUAGCCUGGUUGUGCACGGCAUUGUGCCCAAGGACGAGAUCUGUGGUAUCGUAGUGGGCCACAUCUGGUAUUUCUUCAAUGACGUUUAUCCGUCUCUUCACGGCGGCCAUCGUCCCUUGGACCCGCCACAGUGGUGGAGGCGCAUCUUUGAUCCGAGACCGAGAGCUGGUGACACACACAGAACCAACACGGCAAAUGUCAAUCGUGAUUUUGCCGCUGCUGCUGCGCCUGAGGUUCGAUGA